CCGUACGCGAGAACUUCGCGACGAUAAAUAUAUAUACAUAAUUUCUCUUUAUUAUUUGACUGUAAAAUUAUAAAAUAAACGUAAUUAUAAUCCGUCUAUAAAGUUACAAAGUGAAAAUAAACUGGCUACCAUUGAUACAGCGUGUUAUCAAUAUAAUACUACACUCUAAUACAUAUAUAGCUGGUGUUAUGCUUUUGAUCAAUAGUACCUAUUUAUUAAUUUGUGUUCUAGAUAAGAAAGUAACGCUUUAACAUUGAUAUAUAACUAGGUUUACUGCAAUUGUGAUAAAAUACCAUUUGGGUCUAAAAAGCAACGAGUAUAUAAGCAUAUAAGUGUUUUAAUGACUGUUUAUUUUCGAUAGUGUAUGGUCAAUUUUUGAGGUUGGUGUGCUCGCUUGGUUAGUGAUAGUAAUAUGUCGAAACCUAACACGUUGAAGGCACACAGACUGAGUGCUGAGUUUGCGGAAAAAAGAGGUCAGACCAUCAAGAAAACGGACCCUACCAGCUUAUAGCAACCACCAGUCCGCGCCAUGGAGCAGCGGCUGUGCGAAUGGCCAACGGGCGCUGAUGGCGCACCUAGAGCCAUAUCGCGUUUAGAGGGCCAAAUUGAAGAACAGAAACAGCUAAGACUCCAGGACGCGAAGCAGGUGGAAGCAAAAGCGGCUCGUAUAAAAGAGUGGGUGACAAAUAAACUCCGGGAACUUGAACAGCAAAAUCAGCUGCUGAGGGAACAAAACGACCGGUGUAAUCAGCAGUUGGAGCUUCUUCGUAAUCAUAUAGCAGCACAGGGAAGCAGGAAUUGUGCUUUUCUGCCUACACGAGCGAGCCUCUCCCUUGAAGUGAGGACAGAGGACGGCUCACCUCGUGCCACUUCAAGCCUGUUGGCUUCAAACCGACGGCGGUCAGAAAGCCUAGAGGGGCCUCAGCUUCCUAUAAACUCAUCAGAGCCCCAUUACAGUACACCGGUGCGUCAUAGACGGAAUCUAUCUAUUGGUACUACUAACAUAGCGAACAACGUCAAUGCUGCCACGCCUCCUCUAACCACCAUGAACCGAACCAUGGAUGAGAGGACAACAGCUAGUUUACUGGCUGACGAUCUCGCGACGGCUGUAGAGAAUUUAGUAGUAUUGCCUACGACGCCAAACACGUCAACAGAUGGGGACACCACUCACGAUUACGCUGAAAUUUACACACCGAGCAGAGAGCGCACACCAGCGUGGCAGGGUACUGUAAACGUGGUGGUACAGGGAAAUAGCAGAGGAGGAUCCUCGACUGGGGACAGCUCGACUUCUGAACAACCAAGACCGCCGACGCCACCGUUGCAUCGGUUUCCUAGUUGGGAAGCCAAGAUAUAUCAGGUAGCGGACGACGGCCUCCAACAGUCGGUGGAAGAGGAGCUCAGCCCUCCGCCGUGCCCGCGGCCCAUGCACGAGUCCACCAGCUACCAGGACAUAUCCGUCCCUGUGUAUGCCACGGUUAAAGGGCGUGCUAGUCAAAUAAGAUCGAUGCCUUUUACUGGUGAUUCUUCGGAUGACUCAUCAGAUGGGGAGGAGUCCAUGGGCGUCACUGUGCAUAACACACCACAUCACAACCCUGUAUUCGGUGCGCAAACAUCAAACCAGCUACCCAUAAAUAACGUCAACUUAACACAUACGCUGCCAGCGUCCAUACAGCAAACGUCGAAUCACGGUCUAGUGCUGACGAAUAGUGCCAACGGACAGUGCAGUUCGUCUGACACGAGCUUAAGUGCUAGUAGUCCGUCGAAAAGUGUCAAAACUAGUUCCAGCUUAAGUCCGGCUAAACGAUCCAGUAGUGGGUCGCCAAGUAAACAGAGUAAAACGAGAGAUACAUCGUUCGAGUCUGGGAUGUCGGAUGACUACGCGAUUCCACCGGACGCGGUGUCGUGCAGCACGCGCGAUAGCUCGGCAGCGUCGCCCUCACUUGCCUCUCUCUCCCGCGCCAAUCCACACCCCCACACACAUCCUCACACGCACCCCCACACUCAUCCCCACGCCCAUCCUCACCCUCAACACCCAACGGACUCGCCGCGUCGCCACGACGCAUUAGAGAAGAGCGGACACCUUGCCAAGUUGGGGGGAAAGCUAAAGACUUGGAGGAAGAGAUGGUUUGUAUUGAAAAAUGGCACAUUGUCGUACUGGAAGUCACAGUCCGAAGUGAACAGGAAGCCGCAAGGACAGAUUGGGCUCGGUGAAGCGUGCAAGAUAUCGAGGAACGAGGGCGCGGCUACAUUCGAAAUCUUCACCGGGAGUCGAACUUACUACCUCACCGCUGAUAGUAUUGCUACUAUGGAAGAUUGGAUUAGAGUUUUACAGAAUGUCCAAAGGCGAAAUGCAACAAAAUUACUACUCAGCAAAGAAGACAAUAAACCAACUAUUCAAGGCUGGUUAACGAAGGUCAAGAAUGGGCACGCUAAGAAAAGCUGGUGCGUGCUUAUAGGCAAGAUGUUCCUUUAUUUCAAAUCUCCAGGAGAUCAGAACCCAACGGGCCAGAUCAACAUGCGGGACGCUCGCGUCGAGGACGUAGAACACGUGUCCGACUCGGACUCUGAGGAGAAGAAUGACGACACCCGCAACCACCUCACAGUCGCCAUCUACCCGCAGCACCAGGUAACUGGGGGUCCCACGUACCUGUUGUUCGAGAGCAAAGCGGACAAGGACUCGUGGUUGUACCACCUGACAGUCGUAAGCGGCGGCGGCCUCAGCCAGGGGACGCAUUUCGAGCAGCUUGUUCAGAAGCUCAUGGAGACCGAUGGAGAUCCGAAUUGCGUGCUGUGGAGGCAUCCGACGCUGUUGUAUUCUAAAGAAAAUAUUACGUCGCCGCUUACAUCGUUAAAUUCCGAGGCGUUGCAGGCCGAAGCUUUAAAGUUGUUUAAGUGCGUCCAACUAUUCAUGUCUGUGGCGGUGGAGCACGCCGGCAUCGAUUACCACGUGGUGCUAGCGCAGAACGCGCUGCAGCAGUGCCUGGAAGUGGCCGAGCUGCAGGACGAGCUGGCGUCGUGCCUCGCCAAGCAGACCGCGCCCCACCUACACACCAAACACGGCGUGCAGGUAACACCGCGCCGACAAGCUAAGCUUAAAGCAGCCAAGCUUAAGAAUCAACUGCUACUGUGCGCCACACAAUCGCUGUUCACUUGUGACACGGGCGCCUCGUCCGUCGGCGGGGACAACAAGAGCGGUGAUCUACAGCCCAACGCUGCCGGAUCGCCUAGCUCUAUACAGGCUCCCCUUUUGUCAGUGGAUUGCAAGAGUAACCCGCCCACAUACAGUUUUGUCCAGGGCUGGCAACUUUUAGCACUAGCCGUGAGCUUGUUUGUACCAAGAAAUAACAGGCUACUUUGGUAUUUGAAGCUUCAUCUUAGCAGGCAUGCCGAUUCAAAAACGGAGUGUGGUAAAUACGCCGCGUACUGUUCGCGCGCUCUCGAACGUACGAUACGCAACGGCGGGCGCGAGGACAAGCCGUCAAGGAUGGAGGUGCUCAGCAUACUGCUGAAGAACCCGUACCACCACUGUCUGCCGCACGCUAUACCUGUACACAUGCUCAAUAACACAUAUCAGGUUAUAAGUUUCGAUGGCUCAACGACAGUGGAGGAAUUCUUAUCUACACUAAGCACAGAGUUGGGCUGCAGGGAGUCUGCGGCUUCAGGAUUUGCACUGUUCAGCGACGACCCCAUAGAAAAAGAUUUGGAACAUCAUAUUAAACCAGACAAAAAGUUAUGUGACGUGAUAUCAAAAUGGGAGACGGCGCUCAGAGAGAAGGGAUCAGGAAAGUUCGAGAACUCGAGAGUGAUCAGACUUACAUAUAGGAAUAGGUUAUAUUUCAAAAGUUCAGUUCGAACGGAAACUGAUAAGGAGAGGUUACUGCUCUGUUAUCAAGUCAAUCAACAAGUGGUAGCGGGCAGGUUCCCUGUCACCCGGGAACUGGCGGCCGAAUUGGGCGCACUUAUGGCGCAACUAGAUAUGGGCGACUACGCUGCUAGCAACUCGCAACACAACCAGCCACUGGCACACAGGUUCUACCCCUAUAGGUAUAGGGCCGGCCUCAGCAAUGACGAACUCAGAGAUGUAGAAGAGAAGCUGCGAUCAAAAUGGAUCGCGCUGAAGGGUCGCAGUACGGCGGACUGUGUGCGAAUCUAUCUUAACUGCACUAGGAAAUGGCCUUUCUUCGGCGCCACCCUGUUCCAAGCUAGGAUAAAACAACCAGAUUUAUCAAUGGUGUGGCUAGCGGUGUCCGAAGAGGGCGUCACUGUGCUCGAACUGGCUUCCAUGUCAGUUAUCGGCCGGUACGCGCUCAACUCCAUUGGACUCUUCGGCGGUCUGCAGGAUGACCUCAUGAUGCUAAUAGACGGGGACGAUGCGACUAGUCCUGUUCAUAAGAUGUUAAUAAGUCUAAAUAAACCAAAAAUGGUGGAACUGACGCACCUGAUAGCGGACUACAAGAACGCGCUCCUGCGGCCGGGCGGGGGCACGCCGCAGAUGAACUCGCUGACCCGCAACGGCAGCCACCGGUCGGUGCGCGCGCCGCCGUCCACGCUGCCGCACUCGUCGCCGUCCACGCUGCCGCACGCCGCGCACGUGUCGCACUCGCAGCACUCGCAGCACUCGCAGCACUCGCACCACACGACCGGCCACAACACGCUCAACUCCGCCACCACGGCCACGCUCGGUUCCGAGCGCGCCGCCACGCUCACACUCAGCUCGCACGGCCCGCCCGACCUCCUCAAGUCCACGCCCGACCACAAGAAGCGCGCGCACACGCACGACGGCGCGCUCGCGUGAUACCGCCCACCCACAGCGAUCGAUCGAUAAACUAGUGCUUGUACUAAUGGUGCUCGACGACCGGAGUGACGUGUAGCGUAACAAACGUUACGUUGCAAGUUACGGCUCACGUAGCAAGUGUUGCGCGACGGGCUCGAGUGAUACGCUGGUAUACUCCAACAGGGGUUCGUAGUCAGUGAGUGAUAAGUACAGUUACACUUAGUGUCCUAAAGUGUUGGCCGGGAACGAGCGGUGUAAUGUUACAUGUUAUGUUACAAGCAUGCUACGUAGUAAGUGUUGUUGUAAUAUUACACGAAGUAUAAUUGUGCUUGGUUUCCCUAAAGGUGCGUAUUGGUUGGGAGUAAACAAAGAAAGUGAACCGUGUAAUACUAAAUAAGUACGUUCGAGGGCAAUGUUACGUAGCGUGUUCACUUGUGUUAAUAGUCGUUUCUGAGCGUUACGUCUACGUUGCAGCGUUACAUUACACUCAAAUACUUUUUGCACACGCGCUGUAAUAUAACGUUCAAAGACGAAUGAGAAUACGCACUAUUACAAUUUUUAAAUGUCAACAUGAUCUUGUUGAAUUUUGUAAUAAAACGAAUUCAGAUUUAUUUCUAGCGCGAUACGAAGGGUUUCAUUGGUGAAAGUUGACCAUUCCACGAGAUAUGUUCUAUGUAAAUGGGAAUUCGAUUAAUUCUAAAUAUACCUCAUAUUUUGUAGCUGACAGUUCGGCCUCUCGAUCGGCUCGGUAGUUCGAUAGUUAACGUAAUUUAUUUUUUCAGCCUUAAUAUUUUAACGGUUGCUAAUUUAGGGGUUCUGUGCGGCUUAUACGUAUUUAUACAUGAUGUGAACUCUAUAGGUGUAUGUUUCUAUGCAGUCUAAAGCCAAUUUUGUAUGUAGCUAUGUAUGCAUAUGUGCAGGGUAUAAUAAAUGCUAUGUAGGAACCGGGCAUAGUUAUAGUGACAAACAUUUAAAUUAUAUAAAUUUACAAAGCUACAUUCAAUGGAAUUAUAUGUUUUUGUAAUGAAAUGUAGUAGCUGAAUUAUACUAGAUGUACUUAUAAGUUCAACUUUUAUAUGAAAUCAUGUUUUUUCUAACGUCUGUGAAAUAAAGUAAAAAAAAUUGUAUAAAAUAUAGGUAUAAUUAUACAGUUUUUUGUCACUUUAUAUCCCUUUUUUACAUUAUGAAAAUAGCGAAAAAAAUAAAUCAGUAAAUGUUACAUGACAACAAUUAUAUAGGUCAGUACGUAGACAAGAAACAUUAUUUGAGCGUACUUCAUUAUAGAAUAUUUAGAAGUGCAUCAUGUAACCCUACAUAAAGGACUGCAAGUAUUUCGUUCUAGUAUAAAAAAAAAGUCCACUAUAAAAGUAUCUCGAAUACUGUUCCUCGUCUAAACAGACACCAAAAUGCCCUACGUAUGUUUUUUAAACCCUGUUUAUUGCUAUAUCGUGCUUAGAAACUGAAUAUAUAUUUUAAUUUUUCAAGGAGUUACCGUUAACUUGAUUUACUAAAUGGUGUCUAUUUAUUUAAAAAAAAAAGGUGUAGUAAUAUGCUAUCUACAGUCAAGAAUAUUUCUUUUUCCUUAAUGUACUAUUUUAGUACAAAUAUAUCGAGAAUACUCUGAAUGAAUCUCAUACAAAUCGAACACUUAUUUCAUAUGACAUAGAUAUAGUAUGCUACUAUAGAAAUAAUUACUAGUGCAAUCGUAUUGUUCCAAAAAUAAAACCCUCCAAAGCUUUAAUUAUCACAAAGAGCAUCACAAUUUUAAUUUAAAUUCCCAAAGAAAUAAGGUUCAAAUUACAAUACAUGUAUCUCUAUUUGUCUUUGCUUUAGUUUAAUACUGGCUGUCUUCAUUUUUCUUCAAAAAUAUAUAGUAAUAAAGAGAAAAGAAAUAGUAAGGAUAGCCACACAUUAUGUAUUUUAUAUGUAACACAUAUAUUUUUCCUCCCUUAAUCAUAAAAAACUAAAACCUACAAAUCUACUUUAACUAUUACACUGUUUUGUUACUUUCUUUCGAAUUGCGGAUGUAGUUUAAAAGAAAGAGACAUAACAGUUCAAUAGAUAAAAUAUGUUUAUGAAAGGUUUGAUAUUUUUAUUAAUAAGGGGUAUUACAAUUAAUAUUCUAUUUAAUUUAGGAGGGUGUUAAAUCGACUGAUAUUAUUCUAAAGUCAUCAACGAAUAUAAUAACUUUCUAGAUCUAAUAUAGAUAUAGAUUGAAUGACGAUCAUUAUGUGCUGUUGAUGUGAGCUAUAUAAUUAGUGUGUUAUUUUAAUAUAAUUACACAUUUAUUUAUUACAUUAAUUUUCCUUUCUCAUUCAGGAAAAUGUGCUAGAUUUCCUCAACAUUAUACGAUUAUUACAAUAAUAUUUAUUUCACGUUUAUUUUCAAUUGAAAUUUAAUCAUUUUGUAUUAUAACAUUUUAUUUUCUAAAUAUAACAAGUUGAAUUCGAAUUUAUUAGCAUGAUUUUAAGGAAGUGUUCAACUAAAUGGUACAGAAUCUAUUCACAAAAAAAAAAAAAUAUUUGUGGUUUAUUUGACAUAUAACUUGACAGCUACGUAUAUAAUGUGAGAAGCUCAUAUUUUGUCGAUUUCGAUUCGUUUUUUUUUAAGAGAAAUGUUCUGUUUCACUAGUAGAACAUUUAUAAGAUGCUAAAUAAGGCUGGGUCCACACUAUCGAGCCAUCCUCUGGUUCUUUCUCGGUCCGAUCUCGGUAUGGCAAAUAGAAACGCUUUAAGAUGGUUCUUGACUAUAACUUUAUAUUUAUGUAUGUAUUCUUUAUUUUGUAUAGGUAUACAUUAUUAUUAUUUAUUAUUUUCUUUACCUAUCCCAAUAAUGAAGUACUGCGUUUGAAAUAUUUUGUUAAUGCCAAAGGUUGACUGGCAGAGAACCCUAAUAACAUUAAGUCUGCCUUUUGUACCUUAUUUUGGUCAAUAAAGUUAUUUAAAUGAAUAUAACUGGGCUGUAAUAUAAAUACGCACAUUGUUUCUUUCAUCAUUAUUAUAUCAGCCGUUAACUGACCACUGUUGGACAUAGGCCAUCCCCAUGAGAAUAGUCUGCUAGUAGUUGCCACGCUUGGCAGGUUUGGCAGCCGCAGUUAUUCUUUAGUGAUAUUUUAAGAGUAACUCUGCUGUCUAUCCUUCGACCAUUAGGUUCCUAAGGUCGCCUCUUACUUCCACGGCAGAGAAAGGACGGCCUAUUCUAUGCCGGGACCACACAUUGUUUUUUAAUAAUAUUUUAUCGGAUCGAGUACGGAAUUAUAGUGUGGAUCUAGCUUAAUGAUUGCUAUUUCAUCCUGUAUAAACGUAUUGUAUACUGUUUUCUUAUUAUAAAAAACCUAAUUGUAUGUAUAAUUUAUAACUUAUUUUGAAUAUUGUUCAAUUUAUAUAUUUUUAUACAACGUUACCAAGCUUAUAUGAUGUGAUUAUUUACGCACUUUCAUACAACAAAUGCACUUUUUUCCAAAUCUUUGUCAUUGGGUUACUUGUACCGAGACCAGUUUUGUGCAAAUCGAUUUCAGUUUUAUAAGAAAACCAUAUUUGUUAAAAUACGGACAUGUUAUUUUUUUUUUUUUUAUUAAAUUUAUAAGCAAUAUUUGUUAUAUGCGAGGUGUAACUAGAAAAACUAAUUGCAAAGAGCUACAAAUAAUUGUUAAAAAGAAUUAAAACCAUGACUUUGUAAUAACGUAUUGGUAAUUCCCGAUAGUCUCCAGUACUUUAGUUAGGUACAUAAAAUGUUAAUUUUAUCUUAUAUUGUUCUAUAUUUUACUUUACAUUCAAACCAAAGAUGUUAUACUAUAUAAUAGUAAAUCAUCUGAAAUUGUAACGCAAAAACAGUUUCCUGUUUUUUUUUUUUUAUACUACUUAGAAUGGCAAACAAGCUGACGGCCCACCUGAUGGAAAGUGGUAACCAUCGCCUAUAGACAUGAGCAGUACCAUGGACAUAACAGAGUAUAUUGUUUCGCCCAUGAUACCCCCCAUGCGUUGCCAUUCCUGAGGACUCAGGUGUUAUUCUUCUGUACCUAGUAAAUUCACGCCAUAUCCCACCCUUCAAACCGAAACACAGUUAAAUUUUAUAGGAAUUACCAUAACAAACUCAUUUAUUGAAUAUGCAUACCACUAUAUUGUAUAAAUAUUUUUUGAUAACUGUGAGUAAUUAUGUAUCUACAUUUAUGAUUAAUUUAUGUAGGUACACUAUUCUCAUAUUAUCAAUUUUUAUUUAUAAACAGUCUAACAAAGAAAUUUUAAGCAAAGAUUUAAACUUUUGUCAAAUUAAAUGUUAACUGAUUAAGUCUAAGCGCUAACAAGGUAAGUCAUUAGUAACUGUUGAACUUCUGGCCAUAGGACCACGACACUCUUAAGCAAAGCGUAAGCAAAAAUAAUUUAUAAUUAGCAAAUAAAGGUGGCGAGGAAAUUAAAUGUACAUAUGCAACUUAUAAUGGUAAACAAGCUGACGACCCAUCUGUUGGUUAUAAACAGAUGGGUCGCUUACAGAUAUAAAUAGUGAUAAAACCGUGGAAUUAAUUAAUAACAUUAAUUAAGAGAUACCACAUUUUUAUGUACCCAAAGUACAGUUCUAUCGGGAACAAUAACCAAAUGGAGGUAGUCGUUGUAGUACAUAGACCAUAGAGGCUAACCCUUCAGUGUUCGACCAAAUCGCUUCAAUGAAGUUCCACGGGCAGGCUAUUCUGCAGACUGUCGUGUGAAUUUGAUACGCAAUUGUAGACCCAAGCGCGGUUUAAUAUAAACUCAAAUUUGCUUGUAAUUAUUUCGUCAAUGGACUAUCUAUUGAGUGGGAUUUGUACUUCUAUAAAAGUACGUGCCAUUUUUAAAUUUUAUUUGUUUAAUUUAAUAAUAUUGUGAUGCUUGAUCUACAAUCUCGUAUUCCGUAGUGUCGCAUGGACCGCUAUUAAUAAAUUUAUACUAUAAUAGAUUUAUAAUAAGGUAACAUAUAUGCACUUUUUGGCAUAAACACUAAACUGUUGAUAUAAAUGUGUAUAGAAACAUUUGCAAUGUAUAUUUUACAUUAGAAUGGACGAUUUCUUUAUUUUGUAUAAGCGAUAUUACUUUGUAAAUCAAACGAUAAUUUAUUGUGUAGGUAUUUAUUAUUUUUGUUUAUAAUUAUUGGUUAUUUGUAUAAAUUCAUAUGAUAUACAAUUCUAUUGUUUUUUUUUUUUUUUGUUAAUAAUGGCCUAAUUAAGACUAGAAGACUAAUACGCGUUGUGGGCCUAAUCUCAUUAAUAAUUUUGGUGAUUUACUAAAUUUUUGUUUGACGAUGUGAGAAUAAACGUAUUAUUUAAACUG